CAUGGAGGGCGAGGUCUUAGGCCAGCGGAACCCUAAAAGCCCGGCUGAGGCGGAAUGCUGUCAGGACCGGAAAGAGGACCUCCUAGACAGCAACGGACUGAAGACUUCCGCCCCGCAGAGGACUUGCCUCCACCCCCACCUCCAAGUCCGCCCAGCUCUACUUCUGCGCAGGCUCCAGGAGUUGUUUGCUGUCUCUAUGGCAACCCGGUAGCUGGAGUCCGAAGAUGGAGACCAACGAGUCUACGGAGGAAUCGCAGUCGCGAGCUUUAGACAUACAGCCCAGCUCCGAAGGACUGGGGUCCACUUUGGAACCGUUACUUUCUUCAGAUAACAGUCCUAAGUUGGCCCUGGCAGCAGCAACCGCAGCAGCCGUCACCACCGCCAAAGAAGCUGCAUUAUCUACAAAGACCCCAGCGCCCUAUUCUGAGUUCAUGGAGCCAUCCUCUGACCCUAGCCUUCUUGGGGAGCCCUGUGCAGGACCCAGCUUUACCCACAAUAUAGCCCAUGGGAGUCUUGGCUUUGAGCCCGUCCAUGUUUCCUGUAUUGCUCAGGACCCUUGUACUACAACUGACUAUAAUUCUAAUUCUGGCCUUGUUCCAGGCUCUAGCUCUGACCCUGUUCUUGGCUCCAGCUCAGGUGCUGGCCAUGGCUCUGGCUCUGGCUCUGGUUCUGGCUCUGGCUCUGGCUCUGGUCCUGGCUGUAGCUCUGUCCCUGGCUCUGGCUCUGGUCCUGGCUGUGGCUCUGUCCCUGGCUCUGGUCCUGGUCCUGACUCUGGCUCUCAUCCUGGUCCUGCAUCUGGACCUAGUCCAAGCACUGGCCCUGACUCUGAGCUCAGCCCCUGCACUCCUCCAGCGGUCAGAAACCUGAUGGCAGAUCUGGUCCCUAGUGAUACCUCCUGGAGUCAGCACUGCCCCUGGAAGCCCCAGAAACAACCAUCUUGGGAAUUUUUGCAAGUCUUAGAACCAGGUGCCCGAGGACUAUGGAAACCCCCAGAUGUUAAAGGGAAGCCUACGGAUCUCUAUGAAACAUUGCCACGGGGCCAGUGCCUCCUCUACAACUGGGAGGAAGAGAGAGCCACCAACCACCUGGAUCAAGUCCCAAGCAUGCAGGAUGGCUCUGAGAGUUUUUUCUUCCAACGCGGACACCGGGGACUGCUGACCAUGCAACUAAAGUCACCCAUGCCCUCCAGUACCACCCAGAAAGAGUCAUACCAGCCCCCAGAAAACAUCUCUUGGCCACUUCGAGGGAAGCGUGAAGCCAUGCUGGAGAUGCUCCUGCACCAUCAGAUCUGUAAAGAGGCACAGGCAGAACAGGAACCCACAAGGAAGCUCUUCGAGGUUGAAUCUGUGACACACCAUGACUACCUAAUGCAGCUGGCAAAAGCAGGGCCUCCUGCCCCAACAAAGCCUCACGACUACCGCCAGGAGCAGCCUGAGACCUUCUGGAUCCAGAGGGCACCACAGCUACCGGGUGUCAGUAACAUCAGGACAUUGGACACACCAUUCCGGAAGAACUGCAGCUUCUCAACACCAGUGCCCUUGUCUCUGGGGCAACCUUUGCCCUAUGAACUUGAGAAUUACCCCCACCAAUUGGGAGAAAUAUCUUCCCUUGCCUGUCAAGGAGGAAGGCUGGGUGGUGGAGUGGGGAGAACAACUCCUGUCUGAGGGGUGAGGAGGGACGUGGAAUAUGGAAUAUGAAUCUAUUUCUGUCUGCACUAGAGAGGUUGGGAGGAAGUUAAUUCUCACUGUAUUUGAAGAGGCUUUACAUAAAGCAUUCUCCCUGA